UUGGCAUUAAAUCUCGCCCUGCCCAUGCUCCAAGGGUCUUUCUUUCCUGCCUGCCGACACGCUGCCCACAAUCUUGCCUCAUUAUUUUGGCAUUUGGCAACGUUUAGCUCCUUCGCUAGAUUGAAUAUAACCAACUGCUUUACGCCUGCGUCCCGGCAUGGUGUCGGGAAUCGAGAUCGCCGGCCUUAUCAGUGCCAUCAUAACUAUUGUCGACACGGCGAUUGAUUUUUACGACGCAAUCAAGGACCUCAAUGGCUUGCCAGAAGCUUUCAAGCAGGUUCACGCUCGACUACCCCUGGUCAGAGAGAUCUUGCUAGACGCAAAAGGUCUUGCGAAGAAUGCCGACGAGAACGAGGCCAGUGCGUUGAAAUCAGUUUUGGAAAACUGCCAAGAGAAAGCUGAAGAGCUCAAAAAGAUAUUCUUGCAUGUAUUGCAAGACAAGUCGGAAGAUGGAGCGUUUGUGGUCUCUGUCUACAGGGCGUUCGUCAUGCGCAACAAAAGGUCUCGGGUCGAGACUCUGAUGCAGAGUAUACUGGAAGACUUCCAGAUUCUCUCCACAUACGCAGUCUUUGAGGCUGCAAAGAAGAAAGAGGAUGACAUUGAGAAAGCCCGACAGGAGAUGACAAAAGUACCACCGUCAAUUGAUGAUUCCGAUCUUGAAGACAAGUCUGGAUCAACGUGGAACCAGAACGCUGGCAGAGAUAUGUAUGUCCUUUCAGGAUCAGGCAGACUGUAUCAUGGGGGCUCAAGCUCUUAUGAGGGACAGCAUAUGUAUUUCGGUACUGCGACCCCCCAGGGAACCCAUCCGUCACCGAAUUCUUUUGGGUCUUGUGUCAUAAAAUUGCUUGAGCCUGUUUGCACCAGCUACGUUGCGAAGCACAACAGCUUGGUAAGCCAAAGAACAGAUGGCACUGGUGACUGGCUGCUGCAACAAAAAUCAUUCAAAAAGUGGAUUGAUGGAAGUUGCAAACUGCUUUGGUGUCAUGGGCAUUUGGGCACAGGGAAGAGUAUUCUAGUGAUUGAUACUCCUACGGCUUGCAUCUACGUCUAUUUCGACUACGAGGCUGCGUCGCAGCCUACAGUUGCUGACCUGCUUGCCAGUCUCCUGUUUCAACUUUUAAAGAAGCAAAAAAGUGAGCACAUCGCCAAUCAGAUCGAAAAUGAGUUCAGCGAUUGGAAAACAAAUGGCGUCCCUCGAAACUCCGAUAGAUUUCUUACGAUGAUCAAAGCCAUGGCUGAAAAAUACUCCAAAGUGUACCUUGUUGUCGAUGCACUGGACGAAUGCCACGAACAUCCUUCGAAUACUAGACAAGACUUCCUGCAAGCAAUUGUACAACUUCGCAGUGUUAAUUUGCUGGUAACGUCCCGAACCCAUAUGGGCUUGAAGCAACUGCUCAAGAACCCAACGGAAAUCAGCAUCCAAGCCCAAGAAGCAGACCUGAGAAUGUUUGUUGUCAGUCGUUUCAGAGGCGGUGAAAAAAUCAACAGAUUCAUGAUAGAGGCUGAGAAAACGAGCCCAGGAUUUCAAAGUCUCGCUGUGGAGACGAUAAUCAAAAGAGCUCAGAAAAUAUUUCUACUUGCGAAAUCAGAUAUGGACUGUCUUGCAGCAUGUCCAACUGCAGGGCUUCUCCGCGAGGCACUGGCGAAGCUCCCGGAUAUCACCACAACCUACGACAAGGCCCUGCAAAGAAUCCAGAGGCAAAGUCCUUCCCAACAACAAUUGGCAAAACACGGUCUUUCCUGCUUGCUGUUUUCAGUCAGUCCCUUGACCGUACAAGCGGUUUGUCAUGCUUUCGCCGCGAGGGAUCGCAGAACAUACCUAGACAACGACUACAUUCCGGAAGAAGAUGAAUUGAUCUCAGCAUGCGCUGGAAUCGCUGUCGUCGAACAAACCAGCAAGCUUCUUCGGCCGAUGCAUGAGACCGUCAAGAGCUACCUCAUGAAAAGCCCAGAGGAAAUUCCAGGCGAGAAUUACAUUGCUACUGUUUGCCUCAACUAUCUCUCGUACGACGCAUUCCCUGAGACUGUAAAGUCUAAAUCAGAACUGGAGCAGCGAAUCAACUACUAUGCCUUUAUGAAAUACGCAUCAAACCAUUGGGUUCAUCAUUUCCGACACACAGGCGAGAAUGAACGACUCAAAAGCCUGGCAAUGAACUUUCUUCGCAACUCCGCCAAAGUAACCAGCUCGUUUCAAGUCACAACUGGAUUUUCGAAUAUCCCGCACACCGUGAAGGGAGUCACAGGUCUACAUGCCGCCGUGUAUUAUGAUCUCCGAGACAUAGCUAAAAGUCUUCUCCUGGACUGGCCCGAUAUCAACGCAGCCUGCAGCGAAGGGCAAACAGCUCUCCACUGGUCUGCCAAGUACGGACGUGACUAUCUGGUGGACAUGUUGCUUGAGGCAGGAGCAGAUCCCGAAUGCAAAGACUUGGAGGAGAAUACACCGCUACACCUUGCAGUGAUGAGCGAGCAUAUUUGUGCGACAGAAUUCCUAGUCAAGAAAGGUGCAAGGCUUGACGUCUGGAACAAGAGAUGGACUCCCUUUCGAUGGGCCUUGAAAAACGGUCUCCGGAAAGAAGCCCUUCUUCUCGCAAGGAAUGGAGCAGAUGUGAACGUUUUGGGUGAUGACGGAUGGUCAACUCUGCGGUUCGCAAUUAGCUAUGCCGACUUGGACGUCGUGGAAUUGCUCAUUCAGCACGGUGAAAACAUCAACAGAGAAUGCAAGAGUGGUUGGACUCCUGUGGGAGAAGCAGCAAUGUACGGCAAGGUCGAUUUGCUUCGUUUUUUGCUCAAGAGAAGAGCCCAGGCUGAUACCCCAGACCGCUAUGGGUGUACUCCGCUCAGACAUGCAGUCAGGUACAACCAUACGGCUGCUGUGGGAUUGCUUAUCGAGCACGGUGCCGACAAAGAUGUCCCCUGCGAGGACGGAUUGACGCCCCUAAUGCAAGCUGUCCUAAGUGGUUUCGAGCGACUAGUAUGGCUUCUUUUGGAGUAUGGUGCUAGGACUGACAUUGUGGACAAGAAAGGAUGGACAGCUCUACAUCACGCCUUGAGCAAACGUGCUUCUUCGUCUGGAUGGCUCUUGCUGGAAGCGAUGAAAAACCCUGACGUGGUAGACCGUGAUGGAAUGACACCACUACAUGUGGCGGCAGGACAUUGCGACGCGCCCACGGUAUGGCUGCUGCUUGAAAAGGGGUUGCAAAUGGACAAGCGAGACAACGAAGGAUGUACUCCGCUUCACAUUGCAGUAUGCCGGGACGACAGCACCAUUUUCGAGCUACUCAUGGAGCGGGGAGCAAAUGCCAACAUACAGGAUAACAACGGUUUGACAGCUUUGCACCACGCCGCCAAGCAAGGGAAAACCGCCGUCAUCGCCCAUGUCGUCAAAACCAUCCGGGCUUAUGGGCUGGAUCGUCAGCAGCGCUUGUCGAACACUCUUGACGUGAAUCGACCAGAUUUUCAGGGUCUCACCGUUUUACACCAUGCGGUUCGGAAAAAUCAACUUAACGUACUGCUUGAAUUAGUCAAAAUCGGCCCGUCUCUUCAACUCAACACGUACGAUGAUAAGGGAGUGUCACCUCUGUCCCAUGCAAUUCUCCAUAAUUAUCUUGAAGUGGUAAGCAUCUUGAUAAGGGCAGGGGCGUAG